AGUGUUACGGAGAAAUAUACUGUUCGACACCGGAAAGGAAUUCUAUAGCAAGAGAGAUGAGGGUCCUGGAAGGAUUUCUACUGGUCUCCUGCCUCUCAACUGUAGUCCUCGCCUUUUCGAAAAGGAGGCCGUACAGAGAGGCGAACGCACCCCCACCAUUUGUUGACUAUGAUGAGAAUCCCUCCCUCAUCACAGAACAGAAUCCUUGCCUGGUGCACUACUGCGCCAAAGGACAGGAAUGCAAGGUACGUGCAGGAAUCGCUAGAUGCGUUUGCGUCGAGGACUGCCCGAAACACCGGAGCCCGGUUUGCGGCACCGACGGCAAGCUGUACCAGAACCACUGCAGCCUCCACAGGGCGGCCUGCCUUCAGGGGGAGAGGCUGCAAGUCGACCACUCCUUCAAGUGUCUGCAGUCCGCGGAUUUAGUAAUGAAUAAAGAAAACUCCUCAACAACAGAAACAACAGAGGCAGAAGAAUCAACAACACAGACCAGCCCGGCUGACAGAAGGGACUACAGGAAACACCUGGACGACAGUGUGCAAUGUACCCUUCAGAGAUACGAUAUUAUGAAGGACAAUCUACUAAAACAGUCAAAAAGUACCAGCGAAGAAAGGAUCAGGACUGGGAAAGAAUAUAUUGUAAGCACCAUGUUCACCUAUUACGAUCUCAACGGUGACGACCAUCUGGACAAAGCUGAACUUCAGAAGAUCUCGGACCAAGAGCACCUCAACGAGCUCUCCGAGGGCUGCUCCCUCAGCGACAUGCUGACGUACGACGACAGCGACGGAGACACCCUGCUAUCGGUUAACGAAUUCUAUUCUGCGUUCAGUAAGUUAUACAGUCUCUCUGUGGUGUCAUUGGACAAGGCCCUGGAGACGAACCACCUUUCGGCAAGGGUGGGUGACAAUGUGGAGAUUAAGUGUGACGUAAGUGGAACGCCUCCCCCUCCUCUUGUCUGGCGAAGGAACAAGGCAGACCUGGCUCUGUUGGCUGAGGAUGAUGUGAGAGUCUUUGCCGAUGGAAGCCUCUACCUCACCAGGAUACAGCUCCUCCAUGCAGGCAACUACACCUGCCAUGCUCAGAGGAACACUGACAUCAUGCAGACUCAUGUCCUCACUGUACACACUAUACCAGAAGUAAAAGUAACUCCAAAGAUACAAUCUCGAAGGCCUGGAGAAGAAGCUUCCAUGUUUUGUCAUGUUAUUGGCGAACCAUUCCCUAAAGUUGAAUGGCUUAAAAAUGAUGAGCCUCUGAAAUUGAACUCGGCAGCAAAUAAAUACAUAUUGAUCGGAAAUGGUACAGAGCUAAAAGUUCAUGAUAUUACAUAUGCGGAUACUGGAGCUUACAUGUGUCAGGCAAGUAACAUCGGAGGUGUAACCAGAGAUAUUUCAUCAUUAAUCGUACAAGAAGAUCCUACACCAACGGCCCCAAAUGAAGAAAGAAGAUUUUUUUCAUUUCAUGAUUGGGGUGUAUCAGUUUAUGAACCUAAUGCCUGUAGGCUCUAUCAUCAAAUUCAAUCAACUGAUAUCAUACCUGGAACCCAGGAAUAUGUAUGUGGAGAUAAAGGAGUAAACUGUAGUUGGGGACAAGCAAUAAAUGUUGCGAACCGAUAUGUAUAUGUAACUCAGCCUAUGAAAGACAGGGUUUUGGUUAUCAGCAAGAUACAGAUGGUGGUCGUUGAUGUUGUAGUAACUGAUAAACGACCAGUCGCACUCCAUUAUGUGCCUCAUCUCGACCAAGUUUGGGUCCUCAAUUGGAGAAGCCACUUAGAUCAAGGAAUCAAAACCAUUCAAGUUAUCAGAGAUGCUUCUCAGAAAAGAAAACACCAUACCGUCCAUCCUGAGCCAAUAGAUGGUCAGUUCGAUCUCGUCAGGGACUUAUUCAUGCCACCAGUUCAGGAUAUGUCACAUGUAUUCAAAUAUGGCUAUGUGAGCCAUACAAACCAAAGAGGACUGUAUAAGCUGGAUCUCGCUAACAUGCGAUAUGUGCGCAGCAUCGAUCUUGCUCCUUACAAUUGUGUUCCAAGGUCAAUGCAGUUCUCUGCUCUUUAUGGUUUUAUGAUAGUCGAAUGUGAGGAAGCAGUAACAGGGAGAGCCACAGGCCAGUUAGUGAUGGAUGCCCUAACUGACACCGUCAUCAUUCAGCAUAUUGAACUUUUGGGUAAACCGUAUGUAGCUCCCGACAGUCGAACAGUUGUCACUAUCGAUAAGUCUCUUCAGGGAGUUACACUUGUUGUUCAGCAGAUAACAGAUUCUGGUCUCAAAUUUUUAUUUGAUGUUAAAACUACAUUGAACAUCAGUGACAUAACUUUCUACCCAUCACAAACUACGCAUGGUUAUGACCUCUAUGCUAGUGCAGUUGACAAAGAAGAUAUUCUAUUUUUGAAUUUGUUGACAGGUAAAGUUGAGAUGAUCACAGGAGUCGGCAAAGCUAUGGAGCCUUCACUGUCUCAGUGGGGCAACCCCAACAGAGUAAUUGAAGCAUCGGGUGUCUUCGGACACUUCAUGGUCACUCCAGCCAAUGAGGCCUUGUUUGUUGUGAACGGAGAGAGCAGAACAGUCAACUGUGAGAUAGGUGGCCUAGUCCACCCGAGAGCAGUAGUAUGGGUGACAAUGCACCUUCAAUAGAUAGAGAGAGGCUAUCAAACCUUUUGACAAACUGCUGGUGGUGAUAUCACUUCCUGUUUCUCAUCUAAUAAUGUUUUGGAAUAAGCAUCAGCACAGUUUAAUUGUUGUAGCUUAAUCUUUUAUAAGGCAAGCUUUUCAUUUUAAGCUGAAUUACUUUUGCUUUUGAUUACUGUUGUGAUUUAAUAAUUGAUAGCACUUAUACAUUGAGAUAAUUAUGAUUUUGCAAUAAUUAAUAUAUAGAAACAGGAAGGAUGAAGUCACUGCCAGAUAAUAAAAUAUCCAGUUCCAUACUGAAACCUGAUUGUAACUUCUUUGGAUUGGAAGCUUUUUAAAGGUUAUUUUUUAAUAAUAUAAAAUAAGUUAUUAAACACAUAAUAUGUUAUUGAA